UUUCAAGUACCUAAACGUUCAUGUUAAAAUGACUUUAUACUUUUUUGCAGUUACUCUAAACUCUGUCAUUAUGUUUCACUUUUUUAGACCUAAAGACACUAAAGUUUUCAUAUGAAACAUGGAAGUUUGUUUCAUUAACUCGCCUGUACAGCAGUUGGUUGGUUUCAGUUAAAAUUACUGGUAAAGAAUAAAGAAAUCCUGAUAAAUGUAUGUAAAGGUGUAGUUAACACUCGGCUCUUCUGCAGCGUUCUAGUUCUGCUCCGUUUUAUUUAUAUCUAUAAACCUUCAUACAUUAUAGAAGCUCUGAACGUGAAAACCUUCAGUUUCUUCUACCGCCGUGUUUGUUUUUUUUGUUCAGUUAAAUUUGGCGCAACAUUUGAAACGAAUCAUCUUCCUGUUGAACUCAGCUCCUCCCUGCUUGCUGGCUCAGCCAAUCACAGUCAGGGGGCGGGGCUGGAGGAUUUCCUGUCACUCUAUAUAAGAGCAGGUUCCCUCCGCUGCUGCUCACUCUGUGCUGUAAACUCAGAGAGAAAAAAUGCCCGAACCCGCCAAGUCUGCGCCCAAGAAGGGCUCCAAGAAAGCGGUCACCAAAACCGCCGGCAAAGGAGGCAAGAAGAAGAGAAGGACCAGGAAGGAGAGCUACGCCAUCUACGUGUACAAGGUGCUGAAGCAGGUCCAUCCCGACACCGGCAUCUCCUCCAAGGCCAUGAGCAUCAUGAACUCCUUCGUCAACGACAUCUUUGAGCGCAUCGCCUCCGAGGCUUCCCGUCUGGCUCACUACAACAAGCGAUCCACCAUCAGCUCCAGGGAGAUCCAGACCGCCGUGCGCCUCCUGCUGCCCGGUGAGCUGGCCAAGCACGCCGUGUCUGAGGGAACCAAGGCGGUCACCAAGUACACCAGCUCCAAGUAAACCAGCUGCUGCUGCUGCUGCUCGGUCACAACAACACAAAGGCUCUUUUAAGAGCCACAAACACACUGAAGAGCAACGAUCCUCUGCUGAAUGUGUCCAGUUUUUAAUAUUGAACUGAUUUUAGUUUUAGGUUAUAAAGCAACAAGCUAACUUAUUCUAAUGUGGGAAACUUAAAAUGAGCUUCAUUUGGAUAUAUUUUAGAAAUAUGACCUUAAUGACCCAAUCAUAUGCCACUAAUGUUGUAUGAUUUAUUAUUUUUCUUUUAAAUCUUGGUGUCAAUAUUGUAAAAAAUGCCUUAAGGCUCAAUGCAAACUGAUCAGUUUGCUCCAGUUCUACUUUUUAUUUUCAUUAUUCCAUCUAAAAAUGGACUAAUUUGUCUUUUUUUAAACAAUUUCUGGAUUUAAAUAAAUCUUAAUAUCUCAACAUUUAAAACAGUCUGAUUGACCCUGUAGUUGUAAUUUUUGUCAAUUCCAAACAGAAAUUGAACUGUAGUUUCUGUACAUUAAUAUAAAUUCCUGAGUAUUUGCUGAA